UCGUGAUUUGCGAGGUCUUUCUAUCAAAGUACAGAAUGCAUUGCUACGCCGUAUUCUUCCCCCAGCUUCAAACCUGUUCGUUCCACUUUACACAUUUCUCGCAUUAUUCUCCAACUCCAACACAGUGGCUACCAUAACUCGGCCUUUCCGUACAGGCCUUUGGCGCGGUGUCACAUCGAUAUGAGCGAUGACCCCCAUAUUGUACUGGCCAGUGAUUCAAGCUUUUUACCGGAGGUUUGGUCCUGGUUUGCCGUUGGUGUCACAGUGAUACUCUUGCGCUACAUUGUGCGAAUUCGAGCCGUUGGAUUCCGUGGAUUCCAAGGAGACGAUUAUAUCGCUAUUCUGAGUCUGGCCCUUUACACAGCGGAUGCCAUUCUUGUUGAUAUUUGCUACCACAAAGGCACAAAUGUCGACGUCGAACCGUCCGUCGUAGACUUGCUUACGGAUUCUGAGAUCAAAGCAGUGAAGGAAGGGUCGAAAGCUCAGAUAGCUGCCUGGUACACUUAUACUGGAUUAAUUUGGUGCAUGAAGUUCAUGUUAUUAUUCUUCUACCAGCGUUUAACCAUUGCGACAUUCGAAUCUCGUCUUGUGCGGUAUUGUUUCUGGAUGUGUGGGAUCACAUAUGUGGCAGUCUUCCUGACAAUCACCUUUGGGUGCCACCCUAUAGCGAUGAACUGGCAAGUGCGCCCGCUUCCACCGCGCGCUUGCACAUUCAAACCGCAGAAUUUCUAUGUCGGCGCCGUUCUCAAUGUCAUUACGGACGCGAUAAUCCUAGCCAUCCCCAUUCCAAUGCUCUGGAGGCUACGCAUCAAGCUUACGAAGAAGAUCGCCAUUGGUCUUCUGAUAUGCUCCGGUCUUUUCGUCAUCACAGCUGCGAUCGUUCGCGCCGUCCUCACACUGGGGUCGACACCUUCUGGUCUGAACAUCAAUCGUUGGGGUGUGCGCGAAACUAUUGUUGGUAUCUUAACCGUCAACCUCCCGAUUUUGCGGCCCAUGUUCAAACGUAGUUUCUGGCGCUCGGGAGGAUACGUAUCAGAUAUGACAUCUUAUGGACAAUCGCGACCUACGAAGAACACCUACGGCCAUGGCACGUCCCAACUGCGGUCGAAGACCGGAUCAAAAAGCACAGGUCGGUCCGAUACAGAUUUCGUGGAUAUAGAAAGGUCUGCAUCAGGAUCAUCACAGGUCAAUCUAACAGACAAUGGUACGGGCGAUAUCUCAGACGGGAUAGUGAUGAUUGAACAGACGAUCAAUGUGAGCUCACGGCCUCGUGAUGAAGAGGACGGGCAGAGCGACUGGAGUCGCGACGUAGGAGAAUCUGGCUUCAAGACGAACGUUACAACGGGGAAUAAUGUUUAGCAUGCAUAACCUAUGGAAAUUGCGACCACAUUGUUGAUUUAUUGCAAUUAGAAGAGUAAGAUACCC